GAUGCAUUUCGGCCCCCUCGUUUCCAGUGCACCAUUAUUAAUAAAGUCCGCUUCACAUCCACGACGAAUUAAGACGGCAGCUUCAUUUAAUUACUUUCAUCCGUCACUUUUGCCUCCCUUUUCCUUCAUAAAACUACCCUACAAAAACACAUGAUAUAUCACCUUUCACAAAACAAAGCGACUGCAGUCUUAUCCUGAACAAGAAAGAAAAAUGGAAAGCAUCGAGCACAGAACCGUGAACGUUAACGGCAUCAACAUGCACGUAGCUGAAAAGGGUAAAGGCCCAGUGAUUCUCUUCCUCCACGGCUUCCCUGAGCUCUGGUACACGUGGCGCCACCAGUUGGUAGCCUUCGCUGACUUAGGCUACCGUGCGGUGGCGCCGGAUCUUAGGGGCUACGGAGACACUGACGCACCUGCUGAAGUAGCUAGCUAUACUUGUUUUCACGUAGUGGGGGAUUUGGUGGCGCUUAUAGAGUCGCUAGGAGUAGAGAGUGUUUUCUUGGUGGCUCAUGAUUGGGGUGCAAUGAUAGGUUGGUACUUGUGUUUAUUCAGGCCUGAUUUGGUGAAGGCGUAUGUUUGUCUCUCUGUGCCUUUCAGACCAAGGCAUCCCAAAAUGAAGCCAAUUCCUACCAUGAGAGCUUUCUUUGGAGAUGAUUACUACAUGUGCAGAUUCCAGGAUCCAGGAAUGGAAGAUGAGAUAGCCAAAUAUGGGAGCGAAGCAGUACUGAAAAAGAUACUUACAGAUAGAAAACCAGGACCCCCUUGCUUGCCCAAGGAAAACCCCUUUGGCGUUUCCCCUGAAUAUUCUAAGCUACCUUCUUGGCUUUCUCAAGAUGACCUCAAGUAUUACUCUACCAAGUUUGACCAAAAGGGCUUCACUGGAGGAUUGAACUACUACCGUGCACUCGAUUUGAAUUGGGAGCUGACAGCUGCGUGGACAGGAGCAAAAGUGAAGGUUGCGGUGAAAUUCGUGGUUGGUGAGUUGGACUUGGUGUAUACGACACCAGGAAUGAAAGAGUAUGUGCACGGAGGUGGUUUCAAGAAGGAUGUUCCAAUGCUUGAUGAGGAUGUGAUUGUGAUGGAAGGAGCUGCCCAUUUCAUUAAUCAAGAAAGAGCUCAAGAGACUAACUCUCACAUUCAUAAUUUCAUUAACAAGUUCUGAUCAAACUCUACUUGCUUGCGAUUUACUGCUAUUCUGGUUACUAAACUGGAAUAAUGUGGUUUGGUAUCCGCAAACUUUUUGAAUGAAUUAAUCUGCAUGUUUCUGAUGUUUAAUAAAACGCUGUCAGUUCUAGUUCGCU